GCUUUUUUUUCUUUUUCCCCCACCACUUUAUCCCUUUAUUUGAAGCACUUACCUUACUAUGUUUAGCGUACCUUAUCUCACGUCUUGUAACCACUGCAGAGAGAAGAAGCGCAAGUGCAACGGCAAGAGGCCCACUUGCUCGCUGUGCCAAGCGCAUGGAGUGCCGUGCGAGUAUCGCCGGUCACGGCGCUUCCGCAAGCGGACUCAGGGCGCAGAAAACCUCCCUGUACACAAUAUCAUGCCCGUGCUCAAGCCUGGGCAGCAGCAGCAAGGCGGAUACCAAUCUAGCGCAGUAUCCAGCACGUGCCCAACGCCGCUGGCCAACUCUACAAACAUGGCUGGUAUGUCGGCGUCGGUCGGCAACUCGGGCGUGUCCAAUCCCUUUGUGCCGCACACGUCGCAGCCGCAAGGCAAUCCGGCACAGCUGUCCGACACAUUGUCGACCGCGGACAACGCCCUGACUCGCCUGCUUUCCGGCGACAUGUACCCGCUGGCGCAACAGCUACCGCAGCCUAUUCUGCAGGGCAUGAACAAUUUUAUGUCUCCAUUUUCGAAUCCGCGCAGCCAGGCCCUCCCGGAGUGGGUGAGCCAGCAAAAGCCAGGCGCUGCAAUGAUCUCCAAUCUUGAGAGCCUGGCCAAUGCGUAUCAGGAGUCGCCCCUGGUUCCCAUGCAGGGCGUGAGCAGCCCCGAUGGUACCCUGUUUGGCAACCUCACCUCACAGAUUAUGUACGGCGGCAACAUUUUCCAGCAACUCCCGGUGUACCCACAUACGCCGUUUGGGCAGCCGCAGCAGCCACUCAUGCACCCAGUCGGCAUUCCCAGCAGCCACAGCUCCAACUCAUUUGCCAUAACCAGCAUGAUCACGCCAAGCCCAGGAUUGAACUCGGUAUCUGCCGCGGGCAACAUAGGCACCCCCAUUGUCGCGAGCCAGCCAGGCGCGCAGCACUUGGCCUUUGGCGACGUGUCAAGUUUUUCGUACGCCGGCCGAAACAUGAACAACGGCAGCCAGGCACAGCGGUCUUCGUCUAUUAUGAGCGCUUCCCAGGACUCUAACAUGAGCCGCGUGGCCAGUCCUAGCGGAUCCGCCCAGCGCAUGCACGCGCUCCGCCACAACGUCCGCAGCCCAAGCGUCGGCGCGUUAUCCGACACCUCCACGUCCGGAGAUGGCGUGCCGCUGGCCGCCGAGGCAGCGCGCAGGGGCGACAUGCAGUCGCUUGGCAACAUUUCCACACCGGCGCUCUCGCCUGGAUUUUCGGCGCAGCCCAGCAGAAAGGGAUUUUCUCAACCACAGCAUCGGCAGAAGUUAGGUGCAGCUGUGCCCUCCUCGUCAAUGGGCCCGCCAUCAGCGUCGAACCCAUGCAAAUCCCAUCCGGAAGGGUUCGUGCCAGAGAUCAUUCGGAUUUACGCGCGCGAGUUCCCCGCAGACCUGUCGCCCGAUGUCCUUCUCGAAGUGAUGCGCGGGAUCUACAGCAGCUCGCGCACGUCGCUAGUCAACAUUGACAUUGAGCUUUCGUGGUACAUGAUACUCAAGGGGAUUAUCCCGCGGAUCAUGCUGUUCGCGUACAUUUCCAGCAUGGCUCGCGGCCAAGUCAUCGAUCCGAAGCUCAUGCCCCAACUGCCGGCGAACUUUGACGAGAUCUGCUACGAGUACGCAGUAAAAGACAUCCCUAUCGCGAUGGCCAGCCCGUCGCUGUGGAGCGCAUUGAGCCUGUACUUGAUCGGCAGGUACGAGUUUCAGUCAUCGCGCUACGAUUUGAUGCUGCAGCAUUACGAGAUGGCCGCCGAGAUCUUGUCCAAGACCACAUUCCACGGCUAUGCAUUCCCCUGGAAUGAUGCGCCCGAGCAGCUGAAGCGUACGUUCGAGUAUGACUACUACGUGUACACAUUCUGGGUCGGAUUCCAGUGGCACCUUGUCAGCUGCUUUAACCUUGACCGACCGUUCAACCUCAGCAUUGACCCAAGUGCGCUUCCACAGCCCACCAGCAAUAACGGGUACUUUGCCGCCGAUCUGCCGUGCGAGUUUGAUCUGCUGACUUUGCUGCCAGCCAACAGCUGGCCGCGGUUGACGGAGUCGGAGAAUCUGAGCGAAGUGUGGUUCCGCGGUUCCAACGACCCCGAGUACUGCGGCUGGCAACCAACCGAGUGGAAGAAGAUAGUUCCGAACUACAAGAUCACUGUCUAUCUCCAGCGGAUGCUGCCCCUGGGCGCACACAUGUACCGGCUGCAGUGCGAAUUCUGCGAGGGGAAGCGGUCACUGGCCAACUUUUUGCAGCAACUGCAGGCGCAGCAGGAGGUGCUGAAGCGCUGGAUGUACUCGCUGCCCAAGGAGUUUGAGAUUACACAGGAGAAGGUGAGCCGACUGACAAAGGCCACAGCGAACCAGCCGACGCUCGCCGAGGACGCCAACCUGAUCAUGGACUUUAAGGAGCUGGUCAUGACAUAUGGGUUGUACAAUACGUUUUUGAUCCGCGCCAACCGCGUGGCAUUGCUGGGGAUGCUCCAGGAGAGCCUGGAGUCGCCGGCGACAUCCAUGCAUAUGCGCAUGUUUGGGCUGCGCGACUACGUUGAGGCUGUUGAGCAGGGCGUUGAUCCGGCCGACUUUAACACGGACGAGUUUGGUAUGUGGAAGAAGAACCUGAUAUUCCACAAGUGCCGCAUGCAGUGCUUCGAGUCGAUCGACAUACUGUGCAACGUUGUGCAGCUCAGCUUUAUGCUCCGACUUAACCUGUUCUCCUACGGCACGACGUAUGUGGCCAUUGCCGGCGAAGUGCUCAAUGUGCUCGUCGGUCAGCUGGGCAUCAAGGACAAGGCGGCCAUGUGGAAGACCAAGACGCGUCUCGGGCAUGUCCUUUGCCUGCUCCGCUCGCUGCAGCACUGGGCGCCGGCCAUAUACAUGUUUGUGUCGGGUAUUCAGGCGCUCUCCGAUCCCACGCUCGUGCUGGAGGUCGACGAGGCAAAGUUACAAGACAUUAUCAAAAGGCAAAAUCUCGACGAGCAGCAGCAACAACCGAACAUUGGCGGCAUCCUCGGGGCAUCCUGCGCUCCCGAUUCCAGUGCUGUCGGCGGCCACAGCUCGUCUGGGGAUGGCAGCGUCUCACAGUUCUCUAAUCCGUAUCCACCUAACCACAUCAUUAACCUCAUUGUCGACGAUUUGGACAGCAGCUUGGCCACGUUCUUGGCCCCGGCGUACCCGAUGCUGCUGCUCAAGAUCAUCGCUUCCAAUGUAUAAAUUUGAACCGUGUUUAUGUUUUUUCCAUUUCAUUUAUUUCUCUUUUCUUUUCUUUUAAAAUAGCCUAAAACAAAC